GUCACACCGAAUGCCAAAAAAUGCUAACGCUCAGUCUAUCUAUAAUUUGUCAAUUUAAAAUUUUUGUUUUUAGCUUGUCUGUAACUCCGUAAACGUAAAUUAUAACCAUAAUUAGGUUACAAAUUUUGUAUCUUCAGGUUUUGUAUUUAAGGGCUCGAAAUUUUAUUGUAUUAUCUUUAUCUCGUUCACAAAUAUUAGGUUAUUUUUUGGUCAGUGUCGGCGUUAGAGAAUGGCAGAGUAUCUAGCAGCUAUAUUUGGUACUGAAAAGGACAAAGUUAAUUGCUCCUUUUACUUCAAGAUUGGAGCAUGUCGACAUGGGGAUCGUUGUUCCCGUAUUCACAAUAAACCUACAUUCUCACAAACUGUGUUAUUACAAAAUUUAUAUGUUAAUCCUCAAAAUUCUGCUAAGUCUGCUGACGGCAGUCAUUUGGUUGUAGCAAAUGUAUCAGAUGAAGAGAUGCAGGAACAUUAUGACAAUUUUUUUGAAGAUGUGUUUGUCGAAUGUGAAGAUAAAUAUGGUGAAAUAGAAGAAAUGAAUGUGUGCGACAACCUUGGUGAUCACUUAGUUGGGAAUGUGUACAUCAAAUUUCGUCGCGAAGAGGACGCCGAGAAGGCUGUAAAUGAUCUAAACAAUCGUUGGUUUGGUGGUCGGCCGGUAUACGCUGAGUUGUCUCCAGUCACUGACUUCCGCGAGGCUUGUUGCCGUCAGUACGAAAUGGGAGAGUGUACACGGAGUGGCUUCUGCAACUUCAUGCAUCUUAAACCAAUCUCAAGAGAACUUAGAAGAUACCUUUACUCGCGACGUAAAGGUGGGCGACGAUCGCGCAGCCGUUCACGAGAGCGCCGCCGCCGUUCGCGAUCACGUGAACGUCGCCGCGAGCCGCCACGCAACUCGCGCUCCGGUCGGUACUGACCGACGAGACAUCCUCGACUGCGUCAGCCUCAUGCACUCAUCGCGUACACCGUGAACGCAUUCUAUACAUUUGCAAUUCAAUGCUCCAUCUUACUAUCCUACAAUUUAUUAAUUUAGCAGAGAAAAAUGUAAAUAAAUAGGACAAAUUAAUAGAUAUAUAUUUUUCCAGAUUAUGGUACAAAGAGUUCAGAACAUUGUUCUUGCGUGCUAAUCGUGUGAAACAUAUUUAAAAGGAUAGGUCAUUUGGUCAACUUUUGUUUCACAGGUAAAUAAAUCAAUUAUUGGCGAAAUACAUUUCUUCUAUUAGUAAUAAGUAAAUACCGUCAAAUCAAAUUAUUACAUCAUUUAACUUUAUUAACAUUUAAUUAAACAAUUCCGUUCUGUUAAUUUUUUUUCACUUGUUAUAUUGUGUGUAAAUGUAUUUUGGCAUGGGUACAUUUAUUUAAUAAAUCUACUAAAGAGUUUCAGUUUAAGUAGAGUCCUUGAAGAUUGCCUAUAAUUUGGAAUAGAAUAAGUCUUUGAAGAUUGCCUAUAAAUUGGAAUAGAAUAAUAGUAAUGAUAAAAGGACUGGCAUACCAAUUCUAUUCAUAU